GUUCGAUCGAGGGAAGGAACUGAGCACCUGAACGCAACAUGAGCGCGUCUUAUCUUCCUCUCUUGAACAGCAGCCUUCCUCUUCCUCACAGCACAACAAGAAACGUUUUUGUGACACAGUCGGAGGACAGCAGAAAGGAUGGGAUCGUCAACCACAUAUCUCUCAAGACUUCCAGCAGAGCCCUGGAAGGAGGAGUCAACACUCUACAAAAGACCCUGAUUCUGAACAAGCAGGCGGAUCUGGACGAGGUGGACAAGCGGCUGGCGCUCAAGCGACAGGAGUUCAAGAGCUGUGUGGAAAUUCUCAAUCACAGGAGGUCACAGCUGGAAGAAAAGCACAAGCAGACGAAAGAGAGGGUCGCCAAGUUUGAGAAGUUUGUGGCCGAGAAUGAGGCGAAGCGACGCCGGGCGCUGCAGAGGUGUGAAGCCACGCGGGAGGAGAACGCUGUGAAACAGAGAGAGAUCGAGGACCUGACCGAGCGGCUCAAGCAGCUGGGAGCCAGAAAGCAGGUUUUAAAGAGGAGAAUGGAAAAGUACAAAAUCUAUGAAGACUACUUUCUGAAAACUCUGGAUUUCUUCCCUGGGAACUCCCUGGACAGUGGCUCUGAGUCGUUGGUCAUGCCCGUCAUCCGGCGCCACGAGAGCCUCUCCGUCACCCGGCAGGAGCUGCUGCAGCGUCUGCGGCGGAUGGAGGAGCAGGUGGAGCACGGCUACACCCUCCUGCACAGCAUGAAGCAGCAGCACAGCACCGAGAAACGGGUGGCCAGAAAGGAGCUGUCCGAACUGCAGAGUGAGUUAGAAACCCUCCGAGAGAGGAACAAGCAGGCGGAGGUGAACCUGCAGAAGGAGCAGGGGCUGUCCAGAGAGAGGGUGGAGGAGGAGGGCCGGCUGCUCCUGGCCGUCAGCAACCUGGCGGAGCAGUGCUUCCUGCCCGGAUACGGACCGCUGGAGGACAUGAGCGUGGUGACCAUGAUGGACAUGGUGAAGGAGUACAUUCUGGACAAAGCGGACACGGAGAGGAGAGCCAGGAGGCUGAUGGGGGCGGCGUCGGCCAUGACGGAGAAGGCCACCAGGAAGGCGUCGGUGAAAAGCCCCGGAAGUAAAACACAAAUGAAAAGCUCCAGUAAAGUGAGCAGAAAGAGUGAGACGCUGAGCUGAGGCUGUGGGUCUAACGAUGUGUUCAGGGGUAACUGGGAAAUGAGAGCGCUCCUUCAUGCUUCUGUUGGUCCAGUCUGCCUACAGCAGAAAACAAAUCUUUCAUGAGGUGGAAAAAGUGCAAAGAAAUAUGAAUCAACCUCACUUAAAUCCUGCAUGAUUAUAAGUAAAAGUAUUCUGACAAUAAGAGUAUUCAAAAACUGUGGACCUUUGAGUAUUGUUUUGCAUCGAAAAAAGCAAGUAUUUCAAUUUCUGUUACCUGCAAAUAAAGCACAUUUAUCAAUAAAAUAGAUACAAUCAAACCCAUUUGUUCUUAAAGAUUUGAAAUUGUAAAAAGUUGUAGAGUCAAAACAUUAAAAUCAGAUUACAUAUAAGAUUAGUAAAUGAAGUUAUACAGAUACCCAUAGAAGUCCCUACAUUCUGCCUAAUUACAGUAACUUUAGUAAUUCUAAAUAAUUCUUUCUGA